AUGUGUUACGUGGCAACGGGUGUCACCAUCACAGUGUUGGGUGCGGCGUUGGUCAUAGUGGUCACCACUCUGAGCUACACGCUGGUGCCCAACCUUGUCGAAAGCGUCAUCAAGAGCGAGGUACGAUUAGACAAGAACACGGAGCAAUGGGAGCGUUUCGAGAGCAUCCCCUUCGCUUUGCACUUCAGUGUGAGGAUCUUCAAUAUCAGCAACAAAGAUGAAGUGUUGGCCGGCGGCGUGCCCGUGCUCAAUGAACUCGGCCCAUAUAUUUAUAAAUCUUACCAAGAGAGAAUCAUAGAAGGAGUAGACGGCGACGAAGUGACAUAUCGGAAGAGAGACUACAUGGAGUUUGACGCUGAAGCUUCUUAUCCUCUCACUCUCGAGGACCAAGUGACGAUCGUCAACGUUCCUUACCAUGGUAUACUCCAAAUGGCGGAGAUGUUGUUUCCAGAUCUGAUUAAUAUGAUGGGUGCGGCCCUGAAUGGCGUAUUCGGGGUUCACAAUAGCCCCAUCAUGACUGUCACCGUGGGGGCUCUGCUGUUCGGUGGUAUACCAAUAUGCGCGAACCCUGGAUUCAUAGGUGGCAUCGCUUGCAACCAGAUUAGGCCCCUGGCCGCCGAUGUCCAGAAUAUUGAAGAGAAAGACGACGGCUCGCUUGAAUUCACCAUUCUUAAAUAUAAACACGACAACCCGAGCAACAAGUAUGUAGUCAGCCGCGGAGUUGAUGACGUCAUGGAGCUUGGCAUCAUCCGCUCCUUCAACGGCUCGGCGCACCUCAACCACUGGCCCAACGAGACAGACGACGACGGCAACAUGGUGGUCAGCCAAUGCAACAUGCUCAACGGCACUGAUUCGGGCAUUUUCCCGCCAUUUGUGAACAGGGAGAAGUCUAUCUACGCUUUCAAUACUGACAUCUGUCGUUCCGCAGAACUCCGUUACGAUCAAGACGUUGUUUACAACGAUAGGAUUCCGGCCAUCAGAUUUUCCGCCAAUGAAUGGUUUUUAGAUAAUCACCAGGGCUGCUUCUGCCUCAACAUGACCUCCGGAAUCACUCGACCCGACGGCUGCCUGUACCCCGGCGUUAUGGAGAUGUACACUUGCGUCGGUGCCCUGAUGGUGUUAUCCUACCCUCAUUUCCUGUACGCGGACUCUGUGUACAGAAACGGCAUUAUUGGCAUGGCUCCCAACGAAGAGGCGCACCGGAUAUUCCUUGACUUGGAACCUAACACUGGAACUGUUGUCCGAGGCUUCAAGAGAGCGCAGUUCAACAUCUUCAUGCGACGCAUCGACGCCAUACCUGCCACACAUAACUUACGAACCACUUUAACUCCGAUACUUUGGAUUGAAGAGGGCAUGGAGCUACCCGAUGAUUUCGUGGAUAUGAUAAACGACCGACUGCUGUCGAGUCUGAGGCUGGUCGAUAUACUUAUUCCCGUCCUCAUAUCGAUUUGUUGCUUGGUGUUCGCACUCGGCGUUGUGAUUCUAAUAUAUGCCCUUAAGACAAAGAAGAAUGCUUCGCGCGUGGAACAACCCCAUGACAAAAACAGCAAUUGGCAAAGGCAUUAGUGGAUUGCACUUCGCCAAAUCAAAUAAAUUAUUUAUUUACUUAACUCAUAAAUGUGUGAAUACUCUUUAUUCAAUAAUAAAUUAA